AUGGGGUAUCCCGACGCCGGAUAUGGAAGUAGCGUCGAGCUCAACCAGAGAGCGCCGCGCUUCAUGGCUGAACCACCAUCUCGGGUACACUUUAUUAAUAACGCAGGAGCUUUGAUUCACUGCGGUUCCGUGGCGGCAAUUCCCAGUCCUACGGUCCAGUGGGUGACAUCGAACGACGGUCAGCCGGUGACGACGGUGCACGGAUUGCGGACAACAUUCCCCAAUGGCACGUUAUAUCUUCAACCAUUCGCUGCCAACCGCUAUCGGCAGGAUGUUCAUGCAACGACUUACAGAUGCAUCGCCACCAACGCUGUGGGAACAGCCGGGUCCCGGGACGUCCGCGUCCGAGCAGUCGUCCAACAACGCUACGAGGUUCAGGUGUAUGACGAAUUCGUCAUAAGUGGAAACACAGCGGUCCUGAGAUGUCACAUUCCAAGCUAUGUGAGAGACUACGUGUCUGUGGUCACGUGGGAAAGAGAAGACGGCGUCACCAUCACUUCGAACGUCGCCGUGGUGACCAUCCUCGAGGUCGGACAGAGAGUAUCGCUACCGUGCGACAUCGAAUCGCUCCAGGACGAUAGUCCGCUUCGGAUCCGUUGGUUCAAGGACGGCCAGGAUGCGCCGAACUAUAUUGCCGAAGAUGUCCUGAAGCGAGGUAUCUGGAAUGGUCAUCAUGACAUCAGUGUUGCGUGGGCGGGCCGAGCUUUUUUCUCUGUGCUGUCGGAUCCUGCAAAACUGGAGCUUUCCAAACUGCACGUCACUGAUUCCGGGACGUACGUUUGCUCAGUGCAGUUCCAUCGUGGCGAUCACAAGAAUACGACGUCGAAGAUCAUCGUCGGGGUGCCGCCGUCUGUUCCGAUGAUUCGAGGAACCGAUGGUUCCGUGAUUCGGGACAAAAUUGGUCCCCUCAUCGAAUUCUCCAAUUUGACACUGACUUGCGUCAUCGAAAAAGGGAGCCCUGCACCGACGAUAGUUUGGAAGAAAAAUGGACAAAUCAUAGCUCCAGAUAAGGUUCGCUCAAAUUCAACGAAUGAGGAAGGAGCGAUCAGUGUGCUCCACUUCGGUCCAGUGAAACGUCGGGAUCUACUCCAUACAUUCACCUGUGAAGCUGACAACGUGCUCAUGAAAACGCCGGCCAUGCAGAGACAACCGAAACGAUCGGUGUCCGUGGUGCUCGAUUUAACUCUGCCACCGCAGUCGGUGACGAUCGAAACGAACACGGAACCUUUGAAUGCGGACACAUCGGUGGAAUUUCGUUGCCGGGUGCAGGGCUCGCGGCCGACUCCAUCGCUGCGUUGGGAGCUGGAAGGCUGGAAUUCCAGUAAACUUGAAUCGUUCUCGUUUAUCGAGAGCGCCGAUAAUGGAGACGGUAACUCCACGAGCUCCGUUCUGGUUCUACCUCUGCGGACCGAAGACAACCAUAAGAACAUCACUUGCGUCGCGACGAACCCCCUGCUCCCGAAUUCCACUUGGAGCCAAGCGAUGCAGCUCUCCAUUCACCAUCUUCCUGUGGUUCGGUUGUCCUUGGGGAAUCGACUCCAGGAGAAACACAUCAUCGAAGGCAGCGAUGUUUACUUUGAGUGCAAGGUGCUCUCGCAUCCUCCGGCGAGUGAAGUGUAUUGGUCGGUGGAUGGGCGAGAGCUGCGAACAAACGCCUCGGCAGGAGUAGUGGCUGAUGAAGGUUUCCUAGUCAUCCGCAAUAUCAGCCACAGGUUGUCAGGGAUCUACCUCUGCACCGCAAUCAACCAGAGAGGUCCUGCCAGCAGCAAUGUCAUCAACCUCAGCGUCAAGUAUGCUCCACGUUGUCGGAACCCCGAAACGAAGUCCUUGGUGUUUUCAUCCAUCGAGAGAGCAAUCGAUGUGCUCUGCGACACAGACGCGUCACCCAGCGAGAACGUGCAUUUUUCGUGGUCCGUCAAAAACGUAUCGGCCACUCAGCCCAAGCCGCUCAAAGACUUUGUUGUUAACGGCAGCGCAAGCGUCCUGCAUUACAGACCGACCACUUAUGUAGAGCAUAGCAUGAUCUCUUGCUGGGCGAACAACUCGAUCGGCGGAAUGGUCGGCGAGCCCUGCACUUUCAGAGUCGAACCGAAGGGAGUUCCCCCACCUCUCACGCGAUGCGUUGUGUCGAAUCAAGUCGGCUUGAAUUCUUGGUUUCACAUACAAUGCGCUGACGAGAGGCCCGAGGCAGCUGGAGAGUCUUACCUGCUGCAGCUGUUCAUGGCGGAAUCCCGCAAUUUAUUGCUCAAUCAGACGAGUCCGGUGCCCUCUUUCCAUAUCAACAACAUUCCGGAGGGAGCUGAGUGUAUAGCGGAAGUCUCAGCCGUAAAUGAUCAAGGUCGAGGAGACCCUUUGCGGUUGACGAUUCAAAACAUCCCCCCUCCCUCGAGAUUGCUCACCUCGAACGCGCCAGAACGAGGAAUGCGAUGGCCAUUAUCCGCGAUCGGCUCUCUUUGUUCCGUCGUCGUCGUCGUCACUCGCCUAGGAAAAGCGUGGUGAUUUACGUCCGACAUCUUGACUAGAACGUGCCUUACGGUAGAGGAACACAUAUUCUGCUCAUGUAUAUAUACAAUAAACUGUACGGAAAAUGCGGGACAAGCAACAGCCGUCUGUGGCUGCAAUAGCAGUCGAGACGACAAGCGAACGAGAAAGCGAGAUGACGAAUGGAGUUUGGUUAUUUUUCUUAUGAAUGAGCUCGAGAUUGUCCGGCAAUACUGAACGGAAGCGUUUCCGUGGAGCU